CUUGGCAAGUUAAAAGUUCACCACUAUCAUAUCCACCGGACGGACGUCUCCAAAAGUCUGACCAACGGAACCGCUUCAAAUGGGGCCAUCACUAAUGGUACAAGCGGUAGUGGGGAUGUCGGUGGGAGUGGUACGAGUGGUGGUGGUGCUUCUGCUUCCGUAGGAAACGGAGGCGGAGGGGGAAAUACUAGCGCUGGGAAGUCCCAGCAACAGCCUCAGUCACAGUACUACCUGUCAGAGAAGCACGCCUUUCCAACUAUCAGCGAUGUAAUUCACUAUCACAAGCAUAACUCUGGUGGACUAGUUGUACGUCUGCGAUCUCCUCCAACCAAAGACCGCGAAAGCCCUGUUACCGCUGGGAUGGGCUUGGAUGAAUUUGAGCUCGACCCGGUCGAAUUGCAGAUAGAGCGCGAGCCUAUUGGCAAAGGCCAAUUUGGGGUAGGCCAAAGAUAA